CAAGAAUUUUAAUAUCAAGGACAGCUCAUUAAGUACAUAUUACUGAAACAAAGUUUACAUAAUGUGGCAUGAAUAUAAAAUACAUGAAUUUGCAUUGUAAAUACUCGAAAUAUGCAUAAGAGGGCAGGAAUGACAAAAUGACGGUGAUUGUUAUGCAUUUUUAUAUUCGUUUUUAAAGAGGUUAGUGAGGUUAAUCUAUUUUUAUUUGGACUUUUAUAAGAUGCAAAUCUAUACAGAUACACCUCGCGUUCCCAAACAUGUCCUCGCCCAAUGAGAAAACCAAGUUCAUUCACAAAUUCACAGUCAGCUGUAGCUUAUUGUCUCGGGUGGCCAAUGGGAGAGAAGUUGGUUCAGACCCCUGCCUCCAACUCCGAUUGAUUAGCAAAACCUGUGUGGGCCAGGAUCAGAGCUGAGAUUGGGAAGAGUUGGAGGUGGUGAAUUAUUGGCCCAUUCUGAUUGAUGGCCGCCACACAAGGACUGCGCACAUUUCCACACAGGCUGAUACUGAGACGCGCAAUCUGAGUUUAGUCUGUUUGGAUCAUCCUGGGAUGGAGCAACUGAUCGACGUUUAUUGAUUAUCAAACCAGCAGUCUUUACGCUUUCUUGUUUGAAAUCUCAACAACCUUUUUAGCGGAAAGAUGACGGAGAGAGCGCAGAGCCCAACAGCAGCAGACUGCAGACCCUAUGAGGUCAACAGGGCCAUGUAUCCUCAAGCCGCGGGCCUGGAUGGACUUGGCGGAGCGUCCUUGCAGUUUGCGCACGGUAUGCUUCAGGAUCCAAGUCUGAUUUUUAACAAGGCCCAUUUCAACGGAAUCACCCCCGCGACAGCCCAGACCUUCUUUCCAUUUUCAGGCGAUUUUAAAACGAACGAUUUGCAAGGUGGCGACUUUACGCAGCCCAAACACUGGUACCCGUUUGCGGCCCCCGAGUUCACUGGGCAGGUUGCAGGAGCGACGGCCGCCACUCAGCCGGCGAACAUCAGCCCUCCUAUCGGCGAGACUAGAGAGCAAAUUAAGAUGCCAUCUGAGGUCAAAACCGAGAAAGAUGUUGAAGAAUACGGGAAUGAAGAAAACAAGCCGCCGUCACAAUAUCACCUCACCGCUGGAACAUCUUCCGUCCCCACCGGGGUGAACUACUACACGCCAUGGAACCCUAAUUUCUGGCCUGGACUGUCCCAAAUUACGGCCCAAGCUAAUAUUUCCCAAGCUCCCCCAACUCCCUCCGCUUCAUCCCCAUCUCUGUCUCCGUCUCCCCCUGGAAAUGGGUUCGGAAGCCCAGGAUUUUUUAGCGGAGGCACCGCGCAAAACAUUCCCUCAGCUCAAGCGCAAAGUGCACCCCGGAGCAGUGGGUCCUCCAGUGGAGGAUGCAGUGAUUCUGAGGAAGAGACUCUGACUACUGAAGAUUUGGAGCAGUUUGCGAAAGAGCUUAAACACAAGCGCAUCACUCUGGGCUUCACGCAGGCAGAUGUGGGACUCGCGCUUGGAAACUUGUAUGGCAAAAUGUUCAGUCAGACGACAAUCUGCCGCUUUGAGGCUCUCCAACUUAGUUUCAAGAACAUGUGCAAACUGAAGCCGUUGUUGCAGAGGUGGUUGAACGAGGCCGAAAACUCCGAGAACCCUCAGGAUAUGUACAAAAUUGAACGGGUGUUUGUCGACACGCGAAAAAGAAAACGAAGGACCAGCUUGGAAGGCACAGUCCGUUCUGCUCUAGAGUCGUACUUCGUGAAGUGCCCCAAACCCAACACUCUGGAGAUAACGCACAUAUCCGAUGAUCUAGGCCUGGAGAGAGAUGUAGUGCGUGUAUGGUUCUGCAACCGUAGACAGAAGGGAAAGCGUCUAGCUUUGCCCUUUGAUGACGAGUGUGUUGAAGCACAGUAUUACGAGCAGAGUCCACCACCUCCACCCCACAUGGGUGGCACUGUGCUCCCAGGUCAAGGCUAUCCUGGACCAGCCCAUCCUGGAGGAGCCCCUGCCUUAUACAUGCCAUCCCUCCACCGACCAGAUGUCUUCAAAAACGGCUUGCACCCUGGUUUGGUGGGUCAUCUCACCAGCUAACUUGCUCCAGGUGCUCACUAAAGUUUAUAGAAAAGCUCCAAGCCAAGCUAUGGAUCAAAUCAGCCAUGCUUAUUAUUCUUUUUUUUUUUUUUUGUAACACUGCAUCUGUUCAUUUGGUUCUUUCCAUACGUGCCUUGAGACACUUUAUUGUUUAGUGUCUGGUUUUGACCAUUCACACUAGCAACCUGAUGGAUUAUUGUGUUAUGAGUGCUUUGUUGAACUACUGCGUUUGCACAUGAAGUCAUAGGCUCAUUUUUAUAGUUGUUUUUAACAAUGUUUGCUCAUGUAUCGGUUUUUAUGUACAUAUAUUUGUCUUAAACGUUUGAUAUUUGAUGAUUUACCAAAGUAUAUUUCCAUAUUUGUCUCCAUAACUUUGUAGUUUACUCGUAUUUGUGUGAACUGGCAGCAAAUUCAAGACUUGAUGAAAUUUAAAUUUGACUUUUUCUUUUUUCCUUUUUUUUUUUUUUUUUUAAUUUUAAUGACGUGAUGGAUUUUUUUUUAUUACGAUUUGGAGAACUUUUAUCAAAUGAUUUGACAAGAACAUUAGUCACUGUUCUUUUUCACCUCUCUAAAUGCUUGCACUCUCCCAUCUCCAAGUGAAAUGCCUCUAGAUGUACUCUUUGUCAGGGUGGUUUUACAUAAAUAUGCUGCCAGUUUGAAAGCCUCUCUGUGGAGGUCAUGUGCCUUAUCUUUCAAUGUCUCAAUUCAUGCAUGCUCACCCGCAGUAAAUUAAAGCCAUAUUUGAUAAUUUAUUGAAACUCUGCUCUUGUCAACUCUUACAAUAACUUUUAGGUAGCAAUUAAAACAUUUUUCAUUGACAGUCA